AUGGGAAGCUCAUAGUGUUGUUCUGUUAAUACAAUAGAGCAGGCGUCAGAGUUAGCAACAGGAAUGAAAGAUACUUCUCAUUCUUCAAAGGAUCCCAAUAAUCCAAGUGAUGGGAACAAGAAUAGAAACAAACAUUUAUCUCCGAUUCAAAAAUAAAAAGGGGUGCAUGGUCAAUUUCGAAUAGAUGAUCCAUCGACACCUGCAUUUGCUGAUAAUAAAUCUAUACAUAGCAAACAAGAAUCAGAAUAGUUAUCAAAUAAGGAUAUUUAAUUGGUAGCAGAGAUUGUUAUGCAAUUCGAUGAUAUACCUUAAAAAAUUGAAGAAGCCAAUGAAGACAUAAUGGUUUCUCAAAGUUCGUUGAAAAAGAAAAAGAAGAACGAUUCUCCUUUGGGCGAUUUCCAACCUAAAAAUUCAUUGAGGUCUUUUGAUUCGAAAAGACUUGAUAAGUUAAAAUCGAUUAGCGAAUAUCAAGUGAACAAAGAAGAAAUGAUAAAAGAAGAGAUGGAAAGUCAAAGAAGCCAAAGUGCUGACGAUAAAUCUGUGAAAAGCAUUUUAAAGUAGGAAAUGAAGUACAGCCAAUUUAAAAAAGGAUAGCCAAGCAAUGAUAAGCUUUCUCAAAAAAAAGUGCAUUUUAAAGUGAAUAAAUGA